AUGGUGCGUUUUGUUUCGAUAUUAAGUUUACUCGGCUGUGCGGCGACGCUUGUCAUGGCUCAUGAUGACAUGGACAUGGAUAUGGAUAUGGAUAUGGAUAUGGAUAUGGAUAUGAGUAUGACAACGUCCACAUCCGUAGAUGUCUCUCCCACGGCAUCCAUUGUACCUGUGCCACAUGAGCCAAAACAUUUGCACGGCCUUCCUAUACUACAAUCGCCCUCACUUACCCCCGCGGAGAGGUUGUACUGGGAAAAUUACAACACUACAACCUACUUUACUACGCAAGCCGGAAAUAGGGCUGCCCUUCGCUACCACAUUAUUACGCUGCUCUUGAUUGCGUUUUUGCUCUACCCUGUGUCUCUGGCGCUAAGCGCCGCCCGUUCUAAGUGGCACUUACCCCUUCUGUUUUUCAAUCUGUGCAUCUGUAUUUCUUCCGUUAUGGCACUGUCGGUGUUCAAAAGCAGUUUCCCGGAGGACGACUGGUAUGCGCAUAAUAUCUAUGGCACCACUUCUGGCCUUCUUCUCGUCUUUAUGCUUGUUCACUUCUUCGCUGCGGUGCUUUCUGUCCCCGUCUCAUCGGAAUCGAAAAAGGAAUACCGUCCGGUUGACUCUAUCCCUUUAAAUGAUCUUGAGUCCACACCAGUCAUGGUGAACAGUGCACGUGGCUCUCCAAGUCCUUCUUCCAACAGAGACACGUUGUUUUCCCUGUCUUCAGACACAACCACCACCACCGCCACCAAUAAUAACAAACGGGAGCAUGUUGAAGGUGAAGAGGAGGGCGACAACACCUCUAAUCACGACACUUUGCGCGACGAAGACUACGAUGACGAUGAAAUCGCCUCCAUUGAAGCCCCUCCUUUGUCUCCACAAGAUAUACCCGUUUUCCGAAUCUUGUUCGCCAACUCAAAGUAUCAGAAGCUUGCCGCGCACCUCUCGUACGCCGCUAAUGUUGUCUUUCAUCUGCUUUCCUACCCGUUAUUCAUGUACAUCUUCGUAGACCUGAUCAUUGGCUUCGCUGUGGGUAACUUGCUCGGCAAGGGCAUCCGCAUCUUUAAUCUCUUGGCCCACUGGAUCAAAGGCGGCGUAUUCUUUACUCUCGGCGUUGUCUCUUUAGCACGAUACUGCGGUUUCGGAGCUAAGUACGGCUGGGCAUGGAACAACAUCAGCUUCACAUCUCAACUCUCUCAAGAACGUUCCUCCAACCUCCUGUUCCGGUUUGCUCCCGCGGGCACUUUCACCAUGGAGUCCAUUGAAUCCUUCCUCAUCUUCUUUUACGGGUCUACCAACAUCUUCUUGGAACACUUGGCAGGGAAUGGCGGCGCAUGGACCGCCAAGGAUCUGCAGCACGUGUCGAUUGCCUUCAUGUUCAUAGGAACUGGGCUGUGUGGGCUACUCACGGAGUACAAGCUAAACCACUGGCGAUUCGAGCACGCCCGCAAACGGCCACAGGCUGAUGUGGUUGCCGCCACGCCGGGAUACUCUCCAAACCCCUUCCCCGCUUUCACCAUAUUUUGGACUGGGAUUCUGAUGUCCCAGCACGCACAGUCUUCACAAUUCUCUACCACCAUUCAUACGCAGUGGGGGUACUUGCUGUCCUAUGGGUCCUUCUUCCGUCUGCUAACGUUCUUGAUUCUGUUUUUGGUGCCCAACACCAGCAGCGUCGCGUCCAAACCGUUCACGGAGUUGAUCACGUCGUUCUGUCUGCUCUGUGGUGGCCUCGUAUUUAUGGAGUCCACCGACCAAUCCAUCGAAGCCAUGGAAUAUAGGGGGUUCACUCCCAUGUUCACUUUCAACCUCAGUGUUGGAUUCGUUUCCUUGUUGAUGGCUUGGGAGAUGAUUUUAUUUAUUUGGAAAGACAGGCUCAUCAAAACCAGAAAAACCAGUCUUUAA